CUCUCUCUUUCUCUAGUACCCACCUUCCACACUUCCAUAGGAAAAAUCACCCCCGCUCAGUAACUCCUCUUCCGCGGACAAAUGUGCGUCACUUCCGGGCGGAGCGCACUUCGCCAGUCAGAAUUGAGGAGGGUGUAGCUUGUGCCACAAUUCGACUGUGAUUGACUUUGAUUCUCUGGGACUGCGUUUUCGCGGGAAGACUGCCCGCUACGGUUUAUUGUGGACGCGUGGACUGUGUCAGGGAAGCGUGGGUUGUCACUUUUCUACAGGCUUUUCCGUCUGAAGGGAAAAUUUAUCUACGUUCUCACAGUUGACCCAACCGUUGAUAAAAAUGUUUAAGAGGUGAAGCUGAGCCCAGAGCUGCAUAUACAGCUAAUCUAUAAAAAUGUGUGGGAGUAAAGCAAUCUGAAGGAAAUUCAAGACCACAAAAUUGACUCAGCGAAAUACAUUGUAUUGUUCAUACCAAGAAUAAGAGUGUUUGGAGAAAGACCUUUAUUCUGCUAAAUCAUGAUGGAGGCAGAAGAACAAGAGCCAUGGAAGACAACCUUUUACUCAGAAUUACCUAAACUGGAACUUCAUGCCCACUUGAAUGGGUCCAUUAGUUCUAAUACUAUGAAGAAGUUAAUAGCCAAGAAGCCAGGUCUUAAAAUCCAUGAUCAGAUGACUAUAAUUGACAAGGGAGAGAAAAGAACUUUGAAAGAAUGUUUCCAGAUGUUUCAAAUUAUUCAUCAGCUUACUACCAGCCCUGAAGAUAUUCUAAUGGUCACAAAAGAUGUCAUCAAAGAAUUUGCAGAUGAUGGUGUCAAGUACUUGGAACUAAGGAGCACACCCAGAAGAGAAAAUGCUACAGGAAUGACUAAAAAGACUUAUGUGGAAUCUAUACUUGAGGGUAUAAAACAGUCCAAACAAGAAAACUUAGAUAUUGACGUUAGGUAUUUGAUAGCAAUUGACAGAAGAGGUGGCCCUUCAGUAGCCAAGGAGACUGUUAAACUUGCUGAAGAGUUCUUCCUUUCUACUGAGGAUAUAGUUCUUGGCCUUGAUCUCAGUGGAGACCCUACUGCAGGACAAGCAAAAGACUUCUUGGAACCUCUUUUAGAAGCUAAAAAAGCAGGUCUGAAGUUGACAUUGCAUCUUUCAGAGAUUCCAAACGAAAAACAAGAAACACAAGUACUCCUGGAUCUGCUUCCUGACAGAAUCGGGCAUGGGACAUUUCUCAACUCCUCUGAGGGAGGAUCCCUGGAUCUGGUGGACUUUGUGAGGCAACACCAGAUACCACUGGAACUCUGUUUGACCUCAAACAUCAAAAGUCAGACAGUUCCAUCUUACGACCAGCAUCAUUUCGGAUUCUGGUACAGCAUUGCCCAUCCUUCUGUGAUCUGUACCGACGAUAAGGGUGUUUUUGCAACACACCUUUCUCAAGAGUACCAGCUGGCAGCUGAAACAUUUAAUUUGACCCAGUCUCAGAUGUGGGAUCUAUCUUAUGAAUCCAUCAACUACAUAUUUGCUUCUGACAGCACCAGGUCUGAACUGAGGAGGAAGUGGAACCAUCUGAAGCCCAAAGUGUUACAUUUUUAAGCUGUAAUGAGGUGAACUACUUUUGAAUAUGUGUAGUUCCCCCUCUCCAUUAGUGAUCAUAAAAUUUCAGGAAAAUCAAAGUAGUUUCUCAUCAGGAAAAGUUUUGGAAUUACUAGUCUAAAUAAGGUGAGAGAGGGGGAAACAGAUUGUCUUCUAGCUUCUGAUAACAGCUCUGUAUUUUGUUGUGCUUUCUUUAAUCAGGCUCCCUUCACUUAAGUAUUCCCCAAAACUGUUGACUCCAGGCUGCAUUGCAUACCAUGGAUCUUUUUGAAUACCCAGUAGUCAGGGUUAAUCUAUUUUGGGUGACCCUACUGACAGAUAAAGCUAGCUGCUGAGAUCUGGCUUUGCCCUUCUCAUGAUUAAUCUCCCUGGAAUCAAUGUGGUUUUUUUUUUUGUUGGUCUGCUUUUUUAAAUGUUCCUACCUUACCUUUCUCUUCUCUUAACUUUGACCACUUCACAGCUAUGCCGGCCAGACGCUUCUUGAGCUCAAGGGUACUUCAGGCUUCUAUUUCCAACCUUUAUUCUGACUUCCAGUUGUUUCCAAGUUUUGUUUCUGAAAGAGCCCCAUGGUGGGUAUAAGAGGAGUUUAAGCUCCUAACUAAAAUAUCUCCAUAUAAUAACGUCUGUUACUUUAAGCACCAUGAUGUCAGAGAAUACUCAAUAACGUUUUAUAUGUCAAAACUUUGAGACAUAUAUCUCACUAGAUAGCUGUUUGAGUGUAUAAAAGUAAAGUUCUCAUUUUAAAUUUUGAAUUGAAUAAUAGAGAAUUGACCUAUCCUUA